AUGGUCUGGGGACUGCCGAGUGCCGCCAGCCUGACACGCUUCUGCCAGAAGCUGAACCGGCAGAAGCCACUGGAGGAAUCCCCCAGGGAGAUGUCACCACAGAGCCAUCUGACCACGCUGGACCUGACCCUGCGGGCUGUGGGUGGCACGGUAGGCUUGGGCCUCUACGUGCUCACGGGCACUGUGGCCAAGGGGAUGGCUGGCCCUGCAGUGGUCGUGUCCUUCAGCAUAGCUGCCAUGGCCUCCCUGGUGGGAGCCCUAUGCUACGUGGAGUUGGCAGCGCAUGUGCCCCACACGGGCUCUCCCUACCUGUUCACUUAUGUGUCCAUGGGUGAACUGUGGGCUUUUCUCAUUGGCUGGAACACGCUCCUUGGGCACCUCAUUACUGGUGCUGCUUUGGCCCGGGUCUGGAGCAGCUACGUGGAUGUCAUCUUCAGCCACCGUAUCCGCAGCUUCAUUGAGAACCAUGUGGGCAUCUGGCAGGUGCCUUUCCUGGCCCAGUACCCAGACUUCCUGGCUGCUGGCAUUAUACUUUUAGUCUCCACAUUUGUCUCCUGCAAAGCUCGUGUUUCUUCCUGGCUCAACCACACCUUCUCUGCCAUCAGCCUGGCUGUCAUCCUCUUCAUCAUCAUUCUGGGGUUUUUCCUGGCCCGCCCACACAACUGGAGCGCUGAAGAGGGUGGCUUUGUACCCUUUGGCUUCUCUGGCAUCAUGGCUGGCACCACUACCUGCUUCUAUGCCUUCGUGGGCUUUGGUGCCAUUGCUGCCUCCAGUGAGGAGGCCCAGAAUGCAAAGCGAACAGUGCCUAUGGCCAUCACCAUCUCAGUUGGUCUGGUAGCUGGUGCCAACAUCCUUGUCUCCACUGUGCUCACCCUCAUGGUGCCCUGGCACAGCCUGCACCCUUACUGGGCACUCGCUGAUGCCUUUCACCAGCGGGGCUAUAGCUGGGCAGCCUUCAUCGUGGCAGUGGGUGCAAUCUGCGCCAUGAACACUGCCAUACUCAACAUCAUUCUCUUCCUGCCUCGCAUCACCUAUGCCAUGGCCAGAGACGGGCUCUUCUUCCAGGUGUUUGCCCAUGUGCACCCCCGGAACCAAGUGCCUAUGGUGGCCAUCAUGGUGCUCGGGGUUCUCAUGGCUUUCCUGGCACUGCUGCUGGACCACGAGGCACUGGUCCAGUUCCUGUGCCUCAGCGCAAUGAUCACCCGCACUGUCGUGACUACCAGCAUUAUCAUUCUACGCUUCCGAAAGGCCCCUCCAGCCAGCUCUCAGGGCCCAGGCAGCCCUGUGGGCACCGAGCAGGCCUCAGCUCCUGAGCCCGGGCAGCUGCGACCAGCCCUGAGGCCCUACCUCCGCUUCCUGGGUGGGUGCAGGCCUGGAGCUGCUGUGACUUGGGCACUCGGUGUCCUGGUGGCCUCAGCCAUCACCCUGGACUGCGUGCUGGUCUUUGGGGACUCGGCCCUGCACCUCCGAACCUGGGGCUACACCCUGCUGCUCCUGCUCAGCUCCGCCACGUUUCUGCUCAGUCUCCUCGUCCUGGGGGCCCACCAGCAACAGCGCCGGCAGGACACCUUUCAGGUUCCCAUGGUGCCCCUGACUCCUGCCCUGAGCAUCCUCCUCAACAUCUUCCUCAUGCUGCACCUGAGCUACCUGACCUGGCUGGGCUUGUCCAUCUGUCUGCUGAUCGGACUCGCAGUGUAUUUUGGCUACGGCAUCUGGCACAGCAAGGAGAACCAGCAGGAGCAGCCGGUGUUGACUGCCCCACACGGCAGCCUGGAGGAGAUGGUGCCGGCCCUGCAGCCCCCUAGCCAGACACCAGCCCAAGAGUCCAGUUACACAGAGCAACCCACCAGUGCAUGA